CAGGAAAAAACCGGAGUGGUAAGAUAUCUGGAAGAGACGCUUAGUAACCUCCGCUGCACAUCUCUUCAAUACAUCGACAGAAAUAAAGUCCGGACAAAAAGCUUUGUUGAUGUCGAGCGACAAAAGCACCCGUCUUACUGGCUUACCUAUGCCUGAAUGUGAAUGUUGCUUCCCGCAUAGUGUAGGGAAACCCUUCGAAUCGACGGCACUCGGGCGUUGGGGGGACAUCUAUGGUGGAGUUGGCAGCAAAAAACUUUACAAUCACUGAAACCUUAUUGUUCCAUCCUGGCACGAAUUCGUUGGUUGUUAUAAUUUCUCCAAUUUCAAAGACUAUUUUUUCACCUUGGUGUACUGAAAAUUUCAUGAACCCAGAAAAUUUAUUUUGGCCUGGCAACAAUUUUAAGUUAUACUACCGUCUGCGAAUACACAUCGUGUAGCUGCGAAUAUUGAGUUUGCAACUAUAUGGUGGCUAGUGGCUACAGGCAGGUAGCAAAAGUUUUUAUUUUACAAUUUCCAUAUGCCUAUGUGAUUUGAUUAUUAUCAUCCUAUAUGUAUCUCAAUAUUAAAAUAAUGUUCUCUUUUAUAUUUAUUACAAAAACGCGGUAAGGUCAUUUCUUUGCUUCGGGUGUAUAAUGUGUUGCCGAUGUUCAGGAAUGUGAUAGAUCGCGUCUAGAAAAAAGAACAUUCGCAUUUUAGGUUAAGUUUUGCGUGUACUUGUUCAACAAUAUCCACGUUUUUGUUAAUAAAAUUAUUAUGGCAGAAUCGGCGAAGUCACAUGACUUAAAGGUGCAAGAGUACAAGGAGGAACUAAAAAAACAAGCCGAACAACUCGUUCUGAAAGGGUUCCCAGAAACCAUCGUCAAACUAAACCAGAUUCUGGAAACAUCUCAGUUCAAAAACCGACGAUUCACUGAUGUCCACCAAGACCUUAACAUUCCUGUGCCAGACCCAAUCGUCUUGAACAGUCAUACCGACCUGCCACCAGCAAAAAAGACCAAGUUGGAUGAGCGGAUCAGCGAUGUGGGCACCAAGGUGAUGAUACUACCCAGCGGGUCGGUGCCCACAAACAAGCAUCUGGUGGACCUGGUCGAGCAGGUCAAGCCUCAUAUUCGGAGGCUGGUGGAAGAUUCCAAUUUGAUGAAAAUGUGGAUAUCCUUCAUGAUUCCUAAAAUUGAAGAUGGAAACAACUUCGGUGUUUCUGUUCAAGAAGACACUUUAGCUGAAGUACAGUCAGUGGAAUCAGAAGCGGCAGCAUUCUUUGAUCAGAUUUCCCGGUACUUCAUAUCGAGAGGGAAAUUAGUGUCAAAGGUAGCAAAAUAUCCUCACAUCGAUGACUAUAGGCGAGCUGUGCAAGAAUUGGAUGAAAAAGAGUAUCUAAGUCUGUGGUUGGUCAUGUCAGAAAUUAGGAACAGAUACUGCGCCCUCCAUGAUAUUGUACUCAAAAACUUGGAUAAGAUUAAAAAACCAAGGACUUCAAACGCAACAGAAUCGCUUUACUAAAAGCGGUCCACUAAGAACACAUACCAUACGUCUCUCAGUAAUUAAGCUAAAUUUAAAUUAACUAGCAUUAUUUCAUCUUUAUUUUUUGUAUCGAGCUGUUAGCGACAAACUGUAGUUUCAAGAUUUGAGAUGGGUUCCAUUGCAAAGUUGUGAUCCAAAGUUAUGCCGCGAAAAUAGUUAUAUAAAGCUUCCCGGUACCCCUGUCUGUUCCAACAGAUACGCGUUCAAGGUUCAACACAAUUCCUAGGGUGGGGCACUGCUUCCCUGGCACCCCCCUGUGGGCGCCCAAGUAUAAAGGUACUGGGAAGCAUUGGAGACCCUUGGACGGAUAUUUAUAAGUUACAAGAUUCUAGUGAAUGUCGUCUGUAGUUGUAAGAAAAAAUUGCACUUCUCAAAAAAUACUCCAUCUCGAAUCAUGAUAUACUGCUGAUUAUGUACAGAUUUCCUUUCAUAGGUUAUGUUCUUUGUUUACGAAGUGCAGGUUUUUUACUAAAAUAUUGAAAAGUAUUUUCAUAUCUAAUGCAUUAACAUCGCUGUUCUAGACAUAUAUCAUUUUUCUUUGAGGAUGCUAGUAUUAUAUCACGUGGAAUAUUUUUCAUUUUCGACGACAAUAAAAAAAUUGAAAAACUGACAUAUUGUUUGUAUUGAUAUCCACCUCUCGUUUGGCGCUUUCUGUCGAUUCCAUUUGUGGCCUGGCAGGGGUGUUACAUGACUUGAAAAGUGACAUUAUGUCAGUUUUUUGACAUUAUGUGGGUUGUUUAUGACAUGUGAAUUUUAGUACUAUAUAUCAACUUUGAACUAGCUAUCGUUCUCUUCAUGCUCACUGUAGCAGGCGCGGAAUGAACUAUACUAAGUGACAUAUAAAUCAGAACACCCAGUUUAAAUGGUUUUAUUUUAAUAAAAUUUUGUAUAAGUACUUAAUGAAGCAUAAU